GAUUUAAUUGAUUAGAAAGCCUUUCAAACUCAGGUGAUGUCUUCCUUUGAAGAGAUUUCUACUUUAAAAUAACAUUCUGGCUGUGAGCAAAUUCUCAGGAGCAUUAUUUUCUUAUGUGGAGUCUCACCUUGCGUUUUUAUUACCUCUGAUUUUGUUUUGUUUUUUGUUUUUUUAGUUUCUUCUUUUUUCUGCAAGAUUUGAACAGGUGUUGUGUGGGGCAUCAUGCCAAACGGGAACAGUAGCUGGUAUUGUGCAGAUGCGGCACCGUGCAUGAGUUGGUGAAACUUUAAAGUGCAACUGAAACAGCUGAUCGGCAAAGUUCUCUGUCAGGUCUGCCAACCUGACCUCCUCCCUCUGCACCGCCUGAAGGAAGAACAGCUUCUCCAGGAUGGUUUGCUUUGGAGCACCGGUACCUGCGGGCGCAUGGAAAGCAGCAGUUUUCCUCCUCAAUAUCAUCUCUGUUGUGGCAAAGAGACACGUGGUUCACUGGAACUCCACAAACACAAGGUUAACAGCAGGAGAUCUUUCUGUCCAGCUAAACCUCAAUGAUUACUUGGACAUCUACUGCCCCUACUAUCCAGACUCUGGGAUUCCAGUUCCGGAGCAGCCAGAGACCCUGGUGCUCUAUCUGGUUGAGGAGGAGGCCUUCAAAGGCUGUGUGGAGACCAAAAAGGCAGUGAAGAGGUGGGAAUGUAACAAUCCGUUUGCUGCAUAUGGACCCGUCCGCUUCUCUGAAAAGAUCCAAAAAUUCACCCCGUUCUCACUGGGCUUUGAAUUUGUGGAAGGAAGACACUACUACUACAGCUCUUUGCCGACAGAUGAAGGCCCUCCUCUGCCAUGUAUGAAGAUGCGUGUCACAGUGUGCUGCGAGACCACAUCAGAGGGUUCAAAACAAAUACAAGAAACGAAACCUCUCAGCAACGUUGUCUCAGUAAGGACCACUUCUCUUCCCCUCCUCAUCUCCAUCAUCAUGCCGCUGAUCACUUGACUCCUCCAUCCUCUUGGCUGUUCUUCGCGCCGAUGGACCAAUCCCUCAGACAUUUAAAGAAAGAACAAAAACUAAGCUAACAGACAACAAACGACAAAAUGCAAACUCUACCAGAGUAAGCUAAUUCCAUCAAUCACCAUGUGGUUGCAGAUCCAGUCAGGAGCAUGUUUUCUCCUGUACAGGGGACCACUGUGACUCAGGGAAAUGACGCAGAAGUGCAGCAAAGCAUUUCUUCCUGUUUUCUUGCCCUACCAAUUGCCUGUUCUGCAGCUAGUUGAACAGAAUAUUUCCCAUUAACUUUUCUUAAGUCUGCAUUCCAGUUUGAGAGGAAGAACCAUGCGAAUCAUUAGGACCUUCACUGAAGUGU